AUGCCCGUCACUCGUUCAUUCAGUCGUUCUCAGGCUGCGACUGUUCCUGUCGAGCCUCCCUCCACGGCACUUCCCUCUGUGCCUGCACCAAACAAGCGCAAACGUAAAGCUCCUUCUACGGCCACAAAGACGGCGGAUAAAGCAGUCAACAAUGUCUCUGACAGUACAAGUCGCAAGAAACCCAGAGUGAACAACAAGAAACAGCCUGCCAAGGACGCAGAAGCGCCACCAGCCUCAGAGACGGCGCUGACCCCCAUCCUGAAGCAUGUCAAAUCUACCGGCGACACUUCGCAGACAUUUGUCCCCGCUGAGCUUACCUUCUCGUUCAAAGACGCGAAACGACACCUCGUGAGCGUUGAUGGCAGGUUUGAAGACAUAUUUGCGAAACUACAGUGCAAGCCGUUUGAAAACCUCGAACGUGUCCACCCAUUCCGUGCGCUUACGCAGUCUAUACUAGGGCAGCAAAUCUCUUGGCUUGCAGCCCGAUCGAUCAAUUACAAGUUCGUAAGGUUAUUCGACUCAUCCUUGUCUGAAAUACCGGACUACUCUAUCAUCAAGUCGUCUACCUCAUUUUUCCCUACACCUGCGCAGGUUGCUGCCCAGGAUAUUGCAACGCUGAAGACGGCGGGACUGAGCACACGCAAGGCUGAAUACGUUCAAGACCUCGCCGCAAGAUUUGCCGACGGCCGACUCUCAACUGAGAGACUGUUGGAAGCGGAUGAUGAAGAACUCGCAGAGAUGUUAAUUGAAGUUAGGGGAAUAGGUCGCUGGACAGUUGACAUGUUUGCCAUCUUCUCGCUGCGUAGGCCGAAUAUUCUGCCCGUCGGCGACCUGGGUGUUCAGCGAGGACUCUUACGCUGGGUGCUAGCGCUGCAUUCUCCAGCCCAUUCCUUUAGUGUAUCACCCGAUAAGACCAGUCUUGACAAACGCGAUAGCCAAUCCGAGGCCAGUGUCGACGAAGACGAUGAACCGCUGAAUGUCAACGCAAAAGGGCAGACGGGUUUGACUGGUACCCCGGCUGCUCCAUCAUCGUUCUUGCCUGCCCCGACCUCCGCAACGCCGCUGGCAAGCAUGUCGAGCAUGCCGAUCAUGCCGACUCCGUUUACGCCUUCAAUCAAUAAAACCUUGCACGACGUCAGGAAAGCUGGCGCUGCCAUUCCCCCGCUGCCAGAAGGACUCACUGUCGCUUCUCUGAAGGGACGAUUGACCGGAAAGAAAGUCAAAGGUGCUCUGCUGACACCAGGCGAGAUGGAGCAAUUAACUGAGAAGUGGGAGCCCUACCGGAGUCUUGGGGUGUACUUUAUGUGGGCACUUCAAGAUGCGAGCAAAGAUGGUGCUUGA